GGCCUCGCGUUAGCCGGAGCAAUGACCGGGCGUCGGGGCCGGACGGGCCCGCUGCAGAGUGCGCUGCGUCGGGGACGAGAGCUGCGGGAGCAGGUGGAUGUUUUGCUUCAGGAAAGCAAGGAAGCAGGGGCUCUGGAUUCUGAAAAAAGGAAAAGCCUCAGUCAAAGAUGUUUGGAGUUGAAGAAGACUGUGGAUGAAAAUGCCUUUGCACUUCAGAACUUGAAGAAAUCAGAUGAGCCUGCGCCCAUGGGAAAUUAUAACCAGAGAAAAGAAGAAGAAGAAAAACAGCUGUUUAAACUUUCUCAGCAACUGGAAAAACUUGCUGCAGUCCUUGGCCGGGAAAAUGUCAUCAAGGACUCCAGCAUGGAUGUGAAGGGGAAAGACAGCCCAAAGACACAACAGAAAAAUGAGGAGACUGAAGAGGAAGAGGAGGAGGAGGAGGAAGAAGAAGAAGAAAGUACAGAAGAUGAAGAGGAAGAAGAAGAGGAGGAGGAAGAUGAGCUUGACGAUGAUGAAGACAAAUUGGAAGAUGAUUCAGCUGUUACAAAUUUUAUUACGCUUGGUGAUUUUGCUGCACAGCAAGAAGGGGAUCUGACAUUUAAAAAAGGUGAAGUUCUUCUCAUACUUGAGAAAAAGCCUGAUGGUUGGUGGCUGGCUAAAAAUUCCAAAGGGGAGAGAGGCCUUGUGCCUAAAACCUAUCUUAUGAUAAAUGCCAAGGAUGGAGAGGGCCAAGAAGCAAGUGAAGAGGAAACGGAGGAAGAUAUAGAGGUGGCAGAUGAAACUGCAGGAGGAGCCAACAUUCUGAAAAGAACAGACUCACACUGGAGUGCUGUUAAAAAGGCCAUCACAGAGAAUAAUACCUUAGAUGCACUGACAACUAUGGGGGCAGUUCCUGCAGGAUUCCGACCUUCAACCCUUGCACAACUCUUGGAAGAAGGAAUUCAGUUUCGAGCCUCUUACUUCCUACAACCAGAGCUCACGCCUUCCAAUCUUUCCUUCCGAGAUCUAGUGUGGAACCCUGAAAAAGGCACUAUUCAGGCGAGGCCAACCCGUAUAUCACUAGUGAUGACCCUGUGGAACUGUAAAGCGAUUCCUUUUCCCGGACUCAGCAUACAGGUCCUCAGUAGACAUGUUCGACUCUGCCUUUUUGAUGGUAGCAGAAUCCUGAGUAACAUUCAUACAGUUAGAGCUACAUGGCAACCAAAAAAUCCCAAAACAUGGACCUUUUCUCCACGGAUCACCGGCAUCUUACCGUGUGUGCUUGAUGGCGAUUGUUUUAUUAGAUCCAAUUCUUCAUCUCCGGAUGUCGGCAUAUUAUUUGAACUUGGGAUCACUUAUAUUCGUAAUUCAACAGGUGAGAGAGGAGAAUUGAGUUGUGGCUGGGCAUUUCUAAAACUUUUUGACUCGAGUGGAUUUCCAGUUUCCUCCAAAACCUAUGAGCUGCUUUUGAAUGGUGGGACCCCCUAUGAAAAAGGGGUUGAGGUAGACCCAUCCAUUUCCAGAAGAGCCAGCAGUAGCGUUUUCCAUCAUAUGAUAACUCAGAGGAAGCAGCCACAACUUCUAGUAAAACUGAGGUCCUUAAACACACGAUCCAAAGGCAUAUUGAAUUUACUACCAGAAGUAUUAAUCGGCAGCAUGUGUUAUAUACACCUCAUAUUGUUUUAUCGUCAGAUUCUGGGUGAUGUGCUCCUCAGGGACAGACUAAACAUGCAAAAUGCGGAUUUGAUCGGCAAUCCAAUUUUGGCGACUUUUCCCAAACUCAUGGAGCAGCCGGAUCUUAUGGAUGCGCUCAGGAGUGCCUGGGCAGAGAAGGAAAGCACACUAAAGAGGUCUGAAAAGAGAGACCGAGAAUUUCUGAAGUCUGUGUUCGUCCUGGUGUACCACGAUUCCGUCUUCCCUCUCCUCCAGUCUGUGUUCCUCCCAGAGUACAAGUGGGCAGAAGAAGAAUCCGAAGGCACUCGCUGGCACAUGAUUGCUGACUUCCUAAAGAAAAACCGCGAAAGAGGCGGUGCUCUGUCCUCUCUCCUGUCGUCCGAAAGCCUGCACAAAGCUUUCGAUAUCACAGAAAUAGCGUAUGAUUUUCUAGGAGAGGCAAGGAAGAGCAGCCCUUUAGUAUGAGUGGAUUUUAAGGUCCAGCACCUGUGCCAUUUGCCAUGCGAACAUGAAUCAAUUAAACAUAACUGAUAGAGAGGCCAAAAAAGUCGUAUUUUUACAGUAAGUCAAUUUAUAAAUAAAUUAUAUUGGUAUGCUAUCUUUUUUGUAUUCAUAUAUUAUAU